AGGCCCUGAUGAAUGUGAACAUGCCCUCGAUCGAUUGUGAUGGGAUGAUCAAUUCAGCAUCCGCUCAGAGUGAUGCCUCGCAAUGGCAGCAGGAUUGGUUUGUUUACAAAAACUUCUUCCGCGGCUCCAGCUUAGAUGUGGCUGGUGCAGCCUCUGGUGAUCGGCAGGGGGUGUUUGUGGAUGUGGGGGCUUUCCAUCCGAUCCACCUCUCCAAUACCUACUUCUUUGAACGAUGUCUUGGCUGGCGCGGGCUGUGUGUUGAGCCAAAUCCUUCGAUGCACAAAUACUUUGAGGCAUACAGGCCUUCCUGUGAGCUGGUGAAGAACUGCGUGUGGAGCCAUCCGCGACGGGUGGUAAUGUCCUUCCAGAAAGAUCCCAUCGAGGCCUACAUCCGUGAAGAUGAAACUCACGAUGGCUCACAAACGGACUCCUCUGGUUCCAGUGGUGCGGUGAAGAUCACCGGUGGAGGCUCACGACCUGAGUUUGUGGCGGAAUGUCGCACCCUGAAGGACAUCUUGGCAUCUCAGGGCCUGGGUCGACCGAAGCUGGUGGAUUUCCUGUCGGUGGAUGCGGAGGCAGCAGAGGUGGAGAUUUUCCGUGAUUUCCCGUUUGAUGAGUUUGACAUCCAGGUGAUAAAUGUGGAAGUUCAAGCUAAGAACUACUAUGACUUGGACAACAUCAUUCUGAACGCGGGAUAUGCCAAGAUUGCGGUGCUGGGAGGAGACCAUGUCUACGCUAAACUGGACUUCGCCCUGAAGUUCCCAGCCCGAAUGGCGGCCUGGAGACAGGCUUUGGCGAAGGAUUUCUGGUCGCACGAAGCUCCAAAGACCGCAGUGGCCUUGAACAGUCGCGCGGGUGGGCCGAGCGCCUGAAAAG